AAGCAAGGAGUCAAGAAGCCAAACGCAGCAAGGCAGGAAGUUUUGUACAACCAACACAAAGAUACAUUUACUCUGAAGUAAUAGUGCCAAAGCGGCUGGAAUCAAGGGGUAGCAAAACAGAUAUAUCUUAUAUUAUUAAAAUGGAAGAAAAUGACAGAGUUGUUCAUCUUAAACAGAGAUCUUUUAUAACUGCAAAUAUGCCUAUUUAUACAUAUAAUGUGAAGGGAGACCGGAUUGCAGAUUAUCCAUAUAUUCAGGACAACUGCUAUUACGGUGGAUAUGUAGAAGACGCCUUAGACUCUCAGGCCUUCCUCUCUACCUGCUCUGGGCUUUGGGGACAUGUGCAAAUUGGGACUUUAUGCUAUGAAAUUGAACCUAUUGAGAAUUCUUCCACAUUUCAACACCUUAUUUAUCGAAAGACUCCAGAGCACCUUGAACCGUGCAGAGGAAUAAUUGAAGAUGGAACAUAUUUAGGAAGUGAAGCUGGAGAAAUAAGAAUAGUUGACAGUGACGGCCCAAUUCCUUCUGCCAUGGGAUUAGAUGAUCUUGAAUAUGACCCGCCUAUCAGAUAUCUAGAAUAUUAUGCUGUUGUUGACAAAAGCACGUUUAUUCUCAAUCAUCGCAAUGAAACUCAGUUAGUGUUGAUCAUGCUUCGUAUGAUCUCUGAUGUUCACAGCAUAUACUUGCCAUUAGGUCUUCACCUUUAUUUGGUAGGAUUGGAGUUGUGGACAGAAAGAGACUACGUAACAAUUGAUACUGAGAAUCUUGGCAUGACUUUAGCUGCAUUUUACCAAUAUGCCAUCUCUCAGCUUCAACCAAAUGUGCAUUUUGAUCAUUCAGGAAUAAUUACGUAA